AUGGCACCUGUCCUUCUCUUAACUCGGACAACAAUAAUUGUGGGAAGUGUGGCAAUGUUUGCUCUGCUGUAUCAACUUGCUCAUCAGGCGCCUGCAUAUGUACAAGUUUCCCAGGUUUCCAGCCGCAGGCCCAGUUCGACGCGGGGGGAACCACUUAGUGUCGCAGUAGGCGACUUCAACGGGGAUGGCCAUCUCGAUAUCGUGACUGCGAAUAGUGACUACAUCAAUACAGUGAGCGUCUUACUCGGGACUGGAUCAGGGAGCUUCCAGCCGCUGGCUACAUUCGACGUGGGGAACUCUCCGAACGAUGUUGCAGUAGGCGACUUCAACGGGGAUGGCCAUCUCGAUAUCGUGACUGCGAAUAGUGGCGGCAAUACAGUUAGUGUCUUACUCGGGACUGGAUCAGGGAGCUUCCAGCCGCAGGCGACAUUCGACGUGGGGAACAAUCAGUACGGUGUUGCAGUAGGCGACUUCAACGGAGAUGGCCAUCUCGAUAUUGUGACUACGAGUUAUCACGGCAAUACAGUGAGCGUCUUACUCGGGACUGGAUCAGGGAGCUUCCAGCAGCAGGCCACAUUCGACGUAGGGAACGCUCCGUACAGUGUUGCAAUGGGCGACUUCAACGGGGAUGGCCAUCUCGAUAUCGUGACUACGAAUGGUGACGGCUAUACAGUUAGCGUCUUUCUCGGGACUGGAUUGGGGAGCUUCCAGCCGCAGACCACAUUCGACGUGGAGAUCUAUCCGUGGAGUGUUGCAGUAGGCGACUUCAACGGAGAUGGCCAUCUCGAUAUCGUGACUGCGAAUACUUACGGUACAGUGAGCGUCUUGCUCGGGACUGGAUCAGGGAGCUUCCAGCCGCAGGCUAUAUUCCCCGUAGAUAACUCGCCGCAAGGUGUUGCAGUGGGCGACUUCAAUGGAGAUGGCUAUCUCGAUAUUGUGACUGUGAGUGCAAUCGAAAAUACAGUGAGCGUCUUGCUAGGGACUGGAUCGGGGAGCUUCCAGCCGCAGGCCACAUUCGACGUGGGGAACAACCCGUGGGGUGUUGCAGUAGGUGACUUCAACGGAGAUGGCUAUCUCGAUAUUGUGGCUUCGAAUACACUCCAGUCUACAGUGAGCGUCUUGCUCGGGGAGCCUUGCGGCGCUUAG